AUGUCAAAUGCUCUGUCAUUCAACGUGGUAGGUCGGUACCAUCGUGCACGGGCAGCGACACUUAUGUUACCUCAUGGUGAAGUCAAUACACCAGUAUUUAUGCCUGUGGGCACACAAGGUGCAAUGAAGGGACUGACGACUCUCCAGAUGGAAGAGGAGCCAAUAAAUUGUCAAAUUUUUCUCUCUAAUACUUAUCACUUGGCCCUGCGUCCCGGAACUGACGUCUUAGCGCAAUUGCCUGGAAAGUUACACGAAUUCAUGCAAUGGCCACGUAAUUUAUUAACAGAUUCUGGUGGAUUUCAAAUGGUGAGUCUCUCAAAACUUUGUGAAGUAUCCGAACAUGGUGUCAAGUUUGAGAGUUUUGUGGAUGGAUCGACAAUGAUUUUAACUCCUGAAGCAUCAAUUGCACAUCAAAAUCGGAUUGGAGCGGACAUUAUUAUGGCACUAGAUGAUGUCGUUUCAAGUGUUGAAGAUGACGAGAAUCGAUUUCAUGAAGCAUGUGAUCGUACAGUUCGAUGGCUUGAUCGCUGUAUUAAAGCACAUGCUUAUCCAGAAAAGCAAAAUCUUUUUGGUAUUGUACAAGGUGGUCUUGAUGUUACUCCAGGUGGAUUACGUGAUCAAUGUUUAAAGCAACUUAUCCAACGUAAUUUACCGGGUUACGCAAUUGGUGGUUUGGCUGGAGGGGAGUCGAAAGAUGCAUUUUGGCGAGUUGUGGCCAAAUGUACGGCACAAUUACCGGUAAAUAAACCACGGUAUUUAAUGGGUGUUGGAUAUCCAGUAGAUCUUGUCGUGUGUUCGGCACUUGGUGUUGAUAUGUUUGAUUGUGUAUAUCCAACUCGUACUGCACGCUUUGGUACAGCAAUUGUACCUUCUGGGUUACUUAAACUCAAACAAGCUAAGUGGGAAGAUGACGAUCGACCAAUUGAUGACACAUGCAAGUGUUUUGUGUGUAAAACCUACACUAGAGCAUACCUACGUGUGCUUUUAAAAACAGGAGAUAUUUCUGAUACUUCAUCGGGAAGUAUUGGAGCUCAUUUGAUCACAUACCACAACGUCACGUACAUGCUCAAUCUCAUGCGUCAACUUCGACAAUCGAUAAUUGAUCAAACAUUUGAACAAUUCGUACAAAAGUUUAUGCUUCAACACUAUCCAGAUCGCGUGUACCCCCAAUGGGUUAUAGAUGCAUUAACCGAAGCCAAGAUAAGAUUACAAUGA